CGUUCCUUCCCAACGGCCUUUGCGGCUUCGGUUGUUGCCCUUCACUCCGGACCCAAGAUGGCGUCGGCCACUGGCUUCAUCCAGUGGCUCCGGAAUUCAGCCUCCGGGCGCAAUCUCCAAGCCAAGUUGCAGUUGCGGUAUCAGGAGAUAGCGAAGAGAACUCAGCCACCUCCUAAACUGCCAGUAGGCCCUAGCCAUAAGUUUUCAAACAAUUACUAUUGUACUCGUGAUGGACGUCGGCAAGCCUCUCCUCCUUCCAUCGUAAUGUCUACUGUGAAAGUUUUGGAGUCUGGUCUCACUGGUAAGAGCUCAAGUGAGGCUAUGACAACUACUGGGAAAAAGCCAGUGACACCAGGACCUCCCAUUAAAAAGUGGGAACUGUCAAAGGAUCAACCCUACUUGUGAAAUGGAUCUGGAAGAUGGACAUACAGAUACUGAGAGAUUGUGGUUUGGGGGACUGACUUGAAGGUACCAGCUCUUCUGCAGAGGCAUCAUAGAGGAUCAUACAGAGAACUUUGUAUCAUUAUAUUUUAUCUUGGGGAUAGGUAAUUUGGGGAGAAACAUGUAUCCUAAUACAUGAUAAAUACACUGAACUCUA